GCUGGGCCAUCACUGGUAUAGAACUCCGACAAUCGACGGGUCGUUUGAUUUUAUAGGUAAGCGGAGCCGUGAAGGCUUCUCCAUCUUUUCUUCUGCCGAAAUUUCUCAGUUCAAAAUUUCAAAUCCACCACCGUAAAUUCUUCUCACUAAAAAUCACAAUUCACCGGUGUGAAAAAGAUUCACGGCCGACAAUUGCUAUAUAUUGAACCACGCUGACGGAGAAGAGUCAACAGUCAAAAAAACACAGAACCUUCCAUUUAUUUUAAAUUGAUUUUGUAUUUUUCAAAUACAAACAAAUGAAUUGAAGAUCACGUAAGAAAAAUUGUAUGUUCUCGACACGAUGAUGAUGAUAACGGAGGAGGACGAGGAUUUUAAUCUGAACAACAGUAACAGCAGUAACAAAAGUGAAAAGAAAAACAGUAAUAAUAUGACAGGAAAGGCGGUGAUCGGAAUAGUCUGCGGCACGUUAGUAUACUAUCACUGCGCUUACCGGAACGCGUCGCUCCUCUCUUUGCUCUCCGAUGUUCUCAUCGUCCUCCUCUGUUCUCUCGCCAUUCUCGGCCUUCUCUUCCGUCAGAUGAACAUCUCAGUUCCGGUGGAUCCGCUCGAGUGGCAGAUCUCUCAGGAUACGGCGAAUAGUAUAGUGGCGUCGUUUGCUAAUACUAUCGGCGCUGCUGAGUCGGUUUUGCGAGUUGCGGCAACUGGUCAUGACAAGCGCUUAUUCUUUAAGGUUGUUAUUUGUCUUUAUGUUCUAUCUGCUUUAGGUCGUUUGAUCUCAGGUUUUACUGUUGCUUAUGCUGCAUUGUGCCUAUUCUGUAUUUACAUGCUUGCUGAGAACUCAUCGUCGAGCAGCAAUCCUAUUACUCGGUUCUUAAGGCGUGCUAGUACUUCUGCUGAUUUAGACAACAUCUAGUCUAGAAAUUAACGUCGCUUCUAGCGCAUAUCUUGUAUUAUUAAAUUUAUAUUACAAAAAUCUGUAACUACCUACAAUCCCCCUUGUUUUUAAUGAUCUAGACCAUUGGUUA